UAACAUACGGGCAGUGGCCAAAUCCCCUUUUUUUCGUGGAGCUUUUGGGACACAGCACAAAACCUACUUUUCGUUUUUGGUUUUUAGUUUUCCCUUGCAUCUUGACUAGUGAACUCUCUCAUUCUGCUUGAACCCACAUCCCUUCUUCCUCUCCCUUUAAUGAUAUUAACCAAACGCGGCGUGAAUUUGGGAUACACUUGGAACCCUGUUGUAGAGUUUCCUACUAUUGUGCAGCGCAAGUGUGAUCGUUUGGAUGAAGCAAAAGUGUAACUUGUGGGUUUUCAUGGGUUAUGUUUUGGCUCGCUAGUCGCUCCUAUAAACGCCUAUUACACUUCUCCAUGGACUGCAAAAUCACCCUUAUUUUGACAAUCUUUAAUUUAUAAUUCAACUUUCCCUUAUACAUAUAGCUUUCGGAGCCGACAUUAGGAAUUUGCGGAUCUUCAAAGCUUUUAUUAUCAAUUAGAGAAAUUUUAAGCCAUACCACCUAGAUAACUUAUGGGUUGAAUGAAGGAUAACAACUCAUACUUGAUGAGCAAUAUUAACAUUUAUUCUUAAGCUCAGACUAGUACUGAUAUAAAGAAAGUAAUAGUUGAGAGAACAAUGAGAUGGUUGCUUCAGUCGUAUAAUUUACAUUCUUCGGUGGUCUGUGGCUUGAAUAUAUGUUGAGUACUUUGUUUCUGGAUAUAGAAUCUUAAAAUUUUAAAGACCAUGAAAAGGAAACAUCUUGCAAAUGGGAAAAAUAAUGCUAACAAGGAAGGUGGAGAGAAGGUUUCUGCAAAUCAAGUGGGAGGGGAUGUCAAGCCAGCGGAUGUAAUAUGGGUGAAGAUCCAUAAAGACUCAUGGUGGCCUGCACAGGUUGUUGAUGAGAAUUCCAUAAGUGCAUGCAAUAAGCCAUGUAGUAGGGCAGCAGGGCAAGUUCUUGUUAGGCUUUAUGGAAGUUAUACGUAUUUGUAUGUAGAUCCUAUUAAAUCUCUUUCUGAGUUUAAUAUAAUACUCAAGCAGAAUGAUGGUUGUUAUAGAGCAAUAUUUCUGAAAGCUUUGGAGCAGGUAAAUUCCCAUUCAAGAAGACGAACAAAUACUGUUAUACCUCAAACAGAGGUGAAGGAAAAAAAAAUACUUUUAAGAAAGGCUAAAGAAGAGAACAACAAAGCUUCCAAGAAAGGUGGCGUGAAACUAGAUAGUGAAAAUGCGAAAAAGGAAAUGAAUGCCAAGAUCGAGACAGCUAAAUCCUCUAAGCAGGGUGGGGUGCCGAAAAAGCACCAAGUGAGAACCUCAGAUGCUCAAGCAAAAGGAAGAAACAGAGCUUCUAAGCUUGAUGGGGUGCAGAAGAAACGUAAGUUAGAUGAUUUAGGGGUUACAGAAAAAUCAACUAGCAAAACCUCUGGGAAAACUUUGGUUAAAAACAGUAAGCAAGAUGAGGUGCAUAAAAAUGUCGAGCAAAAUAGUUCAAGAACUGUUAAAAGUAGAAGGCAGAAAAAUAUUCAAGAUGAUGUGCUGAAAGAGCCCAAGUCGAAUGACUCGAGCAUUGUGGACAAUUUGAGAAAGAGAACUGCAAAGCAUGGCAAGGUGCCUAAGAAACAUAGGGAAGAAACGUCAUUUGCAGAGUCUCAAGAGCGAAGUGCACGAAGAUUGAAAGUGAUGCAAAAUCUUGGCCUCGUUGCUCCUUUUGGAUCUCCAUUUGUUAAAAAUGGGCAUGUUGCUCCUUCUUCGGCCUAAUCUUAUGUAGCUACAUUAUGUUGUGCAUUUUAAAUUUCAAAGUUUGUACAAUGUAAUUUUAACUUCAGUCUGUGCUGAAUAUUUUCCUGUCUGGUGCUGGCAUUGAUAUAAAAGUUCCUUGGUUAAUGCAAAGGUUCUACAUUGUAUAACCAUCUAAACAAAACAAGGUUUGUAUUGUACUCUUAAAUAGUGGUUAUAUGCAUUUUCUUUACAAUUUAA